AUGUCUGAGGUCAUCUCACGGCCAUCUGCCUCACGCGGCAGAGGCUCCGGUCGAGGCGGCAGAGGGGGUUUCGCCGGUCGAGGCGGCCGCAGGGCCAAUGGCGAUAAGUUGGAUCACAAGACCGCCGACGACAACUUGGGCACCUUUGAGGAUGAGGGGGAGUUUGCCGAGCUUCGACAGCAGUAUGGCGGCAAGACCUCUGUGAUCCGCGAAAUGUUCCCCGACUGGUCUGAGGCCGAUAUCCUCUAUGCUCUCAAGGAGACAAACGGCGAUGAGACUGAGGCUGUGACACGAAUGGCUGAUGGCACCAUCUCCCAGUGGGGCGAAGUCUCCAAGACGAAGAAGACCGCUCGCACCAAGGCCAAGGACACAUCCUCCGCACCCGUCAACACUGACUUGUCAGCCGGCGCUCGAACUGCUCGUGGUGGACGUAAUGCUUCCGACGCAACUCGUGGCCGAGGCAGAGCUACCGACAGGGGUGGCCGUGGCGGACGUGCUCGAUCGACUCAUCCCACCAACGGAUCUCGAACCAAGGAAAACCAGCAGCUGUCUGUGCCUACCGAAGAAUCCCCCGCAUACAAAGACGACGCGGCCAACGGCCUCGAAGAGAAGCCCGUAUCUGUUGAAAAGGCCAUCCCCGCCGAGCCCGUGAAGCCCGUUGCUCCCCAAGUCAAGACCUGGGCUAGCAUGCUCCGGCAGUCGACAGCUCCCAAGGUUGUGCCGGCACUUCCAAAGGAAAUCCCUGCCCCCAAGCCCGCCGAACCCGUAGAACCCGAACCCGUCCCCGAAACCGCCCCUGUUGAACCUGAACCUGCCAAGCCCGAGCCCGAAGCGGAACUCGAGGCCACUCCCGUUGUUGAGCAGGCCACUCCUGUUGUCCCCGUCGCCGUCGCCGAACCCGUUGCCGAGAUACAGCCCUCUCAAGAUGAGCUCACCGAAACCAAUCUCGAACAGAGCCCUCCUAGCGCCAAUGCCACUCCUCUUUCAGCCGCUCAGCAACAACACCAAGCUCAGAGAACCGCCACCAGCGGUUAUGCUGCUACUGCCUUGAAGGCUACUACUGAGAAGGCUGCCCCCCGUACUCCCAGCUUCCAGCGACGAGUUCUCGACCAAGAAGAGGCUGUCCGCAUGCCGGGCAACCGUGAAGUGGAUCGCGCUGCCGUGCAGUUCGGUGCCUUUAACCUCGAAGACGACGAAGAUAUCGAUGGCGAGCGUGAGGAGGCAGAGACUCGAGCUCAACCCCCCGCCGACUCGCCCGUUGCCGUUCCUAGAACCUCUCUUCCUCCGGCUUCUUCUCAGCCUGUUGCUGUACCGGAAACCUAUGCUCCUAAACCCACGACUGCUCCCCCCCCUGGAAUGACACCUAAUGCUGCUCAACAGCCUAUCCCUAACGCUCAACAAUUUGGUCGAUACGGUCAGGCCGGUCCUCAGGACAUCUCGGCAGCUCAGCAGAAGCCGCUGGAUCCUUUCAACCAGGGCGCCCCCGCAUCUCAACCGCCGUUCGAUAACUUCGCGGCUCAAACUUCUCAGCCUCCCGCACAGCAGCCCGGUGCAGCCUUCUCCUCGGCACCUAGCGACUACUCAGCCUACUACACCGCAAACCCUCAGGACCGAAACCCAUACGCCUUUUACGGCCAGCACUUUGGCCAGCAGGGAGCACACGCUCAACCGGAGGGUGUUUCCUCGCAACAGCGGCCCUUUGGAGGCUACAACGCCUCUCAAACUGAUAACCUGAGCCAGUACCCGCAGAGCGCUACUGGCCACAACCAGCCAAGAUUUGGCGGCAGCAACGAGAACCAGAACAGCGGCCACUCCACUCCCAACCCCGUCACGCAGGCUCAGCAGCAGCAGCCACAGCAACAGGGAGGCCCUGGUUCUCAGCCUCAGGCUCACGGGCAAUACCCCGGAUAUAGCCACCCAUACUACAGCAACCCCUACUACCACCAAUAUUACUCUGCUGGAUACGGCCAAGGAGGAUUCGGUCCGUAUGGCAAGGGUGGCAUGUAUGGACAGCCUUAUGCCAAUGCUCCAGAGAGCCCUCUUGGCUCCGGCCUUGGCGAUUACGGCCGCGCUGGCUCUGGCCAGGCAGCCAGCCAGCCUGGCCUGGGAGGAAGCAGCUUCGGCAGCACCCACGACAGCUUCUCUCGCGGCGCCUCAUCCUUCCAGUCCCAAGGACAGUCCUUCAGCAGCCAGACACAGCCAAGCAGCGGAUCUUCGGCCGAUGAGCUGAAGCCGUUUGGCGAGGCCAAGACUUCCUCUGGCCCCUCGCCCUCUCUUCCUCGGCCUGGCUCUGCCACGAACACGGCACCCGGUGGACAAAGCGGCAGCCUCCCGCCUCCCCAGACAUCCCAGAUGGGCGGUGCCUAUGGUGGCUACCCGAGCCACCUCCAAGGCCACGGCCUUCAUGGUAGCGGCGCAUACGGCAUGGGCGCCGGUGCCGGUGGCAACCAGCACAGCACCCCCUAUGGCUCUUACGGCCAGGGCGGAUUCGGCAGCGGAGGCUACUACAGCACCGGACAGCAGCAACAGCAGCAAGGCCAACAGCAGCAGCAACGCGGCGGCUGGGGCGGAAACUACCAUUAG